CUCUAUAGAAGGAUAUUCGAAUAAAAGCUAUUAAUAAAGUUGAAUUGCGAAAUUAUGAGGCCGAUUUCCAUAAUAUUCUCAGUCGCCAUUUUUGCGAUACAUAUUUCACCGCUUUAUCCUAUCAACAUCGCUCCACUUUUAUUAGAUGGUUUAAGUUUCAUAGGACUCGGUCCACCAUCUCUAAAUGAUCAAAAAGAACUUACAACUACUACAGCUGUUCCUCCUAAGACAACAAAUGUUCAAUUAUCGCCUGACACCUUAAUGCCGUUACUUAUUGGUGCCUUUACAAAUGUAUUAUAUUCUUUGGUGUCAGAUAAUAGAAAUUGUACAGAUGUUUUAUGCCAGUAUACACUUGAUUUUUCUGGAUUAGUAGAUCCGAAAAAGUGCAAGAGCUAUCAGGUCAUCCUUUAUGUUUCAAAUAGCCCGAAAAUCGGAAAAAAUAUAGGGAAAUCCGCUAAUGGUCAGGUGUUAAAAGAGAAUUUUAAUGAAAUUAACCGAGCUGAUUUAACCCAACAAUCAAAAAACCAUAUCAAUGUUUACGAUUCAUUAAAAAGUAAUUUCAAAAAAAAGGAAGAAGAAAAACAACAAAAAGCUAAUGGAAAAUCGUCUAAUCACCAACAACAAUUAGAGCAUUUUCCUAAGCCAUCUUUGCAAGACGUUCAAAAAGAAAAUCAUAAUCAAGUAAACACUAAUGAUGAACAAAAUAAACACCAAAAAAACAAUGAUAAAGUAUCAAAACAUACAGAAAAAAUUGCUGGUGAUGUUUCAAUCGAAAUAGUACAAGACUUUCGUGAAGACCUUACAAAUCAAAUAAAUAUGUUAAGGAUUUAUCAUGGUGUUGGUGUAAUAAAACUAGACAACCAGAUGACUAAAGUUGCUCAAAAGAGAGCAAACUCAAUGGCCAAUGGGCGGCUAUUGGAGAAAAUCAACGAAAGUGUUUUUGUCAUAUCCAGUUACUUGUUAGGCAAGUCUCUAGAAGAAAAGUUAUGUAAGAAAGCCAUUAAUAAGUGGUAUGAACAAGGGGAAAAUGUGCGUUAUGGUGAAAAACAAUACGAAGUAGGAGAAGCACCUGAUUUUACUCGUUUAGUUUGGAAAAGUUCAAAAAAGAUUGGAGUAGGAAUGGCUCAAAAUUCAACUACCCAUAAAUAUUUUGUUGUGGUAUACUAUGAUUAUGAAGGGGAUUACGAUAAAAGUUUAAAUGAAAAUGUUCUAUCUCCUUGGAAAGAAAGAACUAAAGUUGAAUUUAAUGGAAGCUCUUUGAAAAAGGAUCCAAAAAUCGUAUGAAGAACCCUAAUUCGGUAGACUCUACAACAAAGAUCUGUGAUGUACCAGGACAAAACACUGUUAUUAGAUGUAGUGAUUUUAGUGUAUUGUUUGUAACCUCGCUUUUUUCUUGUUAUUAUUUA